CUUCGGCUUCGCAACAAAUGCGAGUCCAAGACUGAUUUGACCAUCGAUCAUCUGGAGGGGACCCGCCUGCUGUAGUACAAAUAUGUCUGAUGCGCCUUUGCCUGUAGAAAUGUACGCAGCUUGGUGACACGAGAAUAGGAAGAAAUAAAAAUACCUACCACCCUACCAAGGACCGCGAUUGGGGGCGCUUUCAACCUCGAAAUAGUUCGCCUGCAACCCCACCAUCAUCUGACCACACCAAACCGCCUGUGGUGUUGAUCUAGGGGGCUUCGUUUUCAGGGUCCAGGACUCAGGUACCAGCUCUAGUCAUUCAACUCCAGCACCAAAGUACGUUGACCAAAAUGGCGACUGCAACAAACGGAAUCCCAGUCCUGUGUACUGGCCAAUCCGAACGCGUCGGCCAGCCAGUGGCCACGGCGCUGUUGCCCGAGUUGUCAGUCGUCCAUUUCACACUGGUCGAGCACGUCGACAAGGAGAUGCCCCUGCUGCUCAAGGGCGAGCGACCAAGCCCCCUCAACAACUCGGUCGUGACCCCGGGCAAGUGGGAGCCCGGGUCGAACCCUCCCGCCGCGGUGUUGCUGGGAGGGGCCUACACGGACGAGAUGGUGCGAGCCCUGCGCGCGUCGGCGGGGUACGGCCCGGACGACGACGGGGCGGCAACGACGGCCUCGUCGCCGGCGGGGAGAAAGAUCCCCUGGAUCAAGAUCGACAGCGCAAAGUCGACCCUGGGUCCCCGAGACCCUGGGUACCCGGCUGAUGUGGUGCGGCGCCUCAAGGGGGCCGUCUUGAAGCUCCAGGCGGAGGGUAAGCUGGAUGGCGUGCACGGGGGGCUGUAUGCUGUCUGAAUGGGAUUGCACAAGGUUGCAGGUGCGCAGCAGGUAUGAUCUGAGUAGUGGCCCAGGGAAAGAAGGAAAGAAAGACACGACAUGAAACCAAAGUACAGUCGGUGUUGAGCACCUAGCAAGUACCAGCCUUGCCGAGUAAUGAAAAACAACAAUGAAUACAGAAGAAAUUGGUAGCGCA